AUGGCCCGGCCACUACGCCGCUCGGAGGGGGAAUUGUAUGUGGCCCAGUUCGUGCUGCAAUCCACACAUCGGAAGUUCAACAAGUUCUUGAGCACGCCAGAGGGAAAGUGUCAACUGCACCCGAAUUUGAAGCUCGGCAGUGCUGAUGGCGAACUGGGUUCCGAUGAAGGUGGAUCCUUUGGCAGCCUCGAAGAUGGCACACCAGUCCUCUAUCAGACCAAUGGGAUUGCACGCACCGAACAGCCAGUAUUGAACCGCUCCAUUCGCUGCAAUCGGACCGGUGCCCCCGGUCACUACAUGGAGACGAAGAUGUUAGUCGCGCGCCCCCGUGACACGGGCUUAGUGGGCUUGGCACGAGCCAAGACCAUCAAGACUCGUGUGGAUCUUCAGGCCAAUCUGUUUUAUUCCUUCACCAGCUGCUGGCAGAUUUAUGCCUGCUCGGCGAACGUCGGGCAGCUGGGCGAGGAGGACUCCGGAGAACGCAUCCUCGUGCGCCGGUCGGUGAGGGAUUUUCAGCAACAUCAUUUUCAUGACUUUCCCGUGGCGAAGCAUCUCGCCGAUCUGCUGGACCGAGAGAAUGAGGUGCUGGUGAAGGGGCAUAGCUUCGAAGUCGGAGAGAUUGAGAAGGACUUGUUCGACUACCACUGUUACACUCUGCGAUCCUGGCAAACCUAUGAGUGUGAAGGAAGGCCCCCUGAAAGUGAUGUUGGACGGAAACUCCUGGAAGCUGCACGGAACGGCCAAGUUUCGGAAGUCAAGCAUUUGAUUUUGAAUUGUGGGUGCCAUUGUGACACCAUUGUUUCGGAGUUUGGUUGCAUUGGCAGUGGCAAGUCUGGCAUCUACACUCGGACCGAUUGCGGCUUUGCAGAGGAGCGCACCGCACUCAUCGCUGCAAUUCAAGCGGGGUGGCGCUCAGUGGUCGAAACGAUUUUGGAGUUUGUACGUGUAGGGCAAGCAAGCCUGAACGUGGUUUGCCAUGAGUGGAACCCAAGGGGAAUAGGCGGAGAUUGCCUGCGGCCCUGCUACACUGCACUGGACCAGGCCAAGCUAUACCACCGUGAGGACAUUAUUCCCUUGCUGGAGGCUGCUGGAGCACUUCCACAUAAGAGGUGCAAGAAAAGCCGUCGGGAGAAUCCCUUUGAUGUCCGAGCCAGGCAAGAUCGAGGCGAACAUCGCGAGGAGCAGCCAAAAGAUUCGGCUGGCCGUGAGGAUCGCUAUGAGGAUUUCACAUUCUCAGAAUGGGCUGAUGAAGCGCAAAUGGAUAGCGACAUGAAACAGGCGGUGGAAAGCCUCAAAGAAGAGCUGCAGCAAUACGGCAACCUGUCGGAAGCCGAGCAAACCAAACUCUUCCGCAAGCUGAGUGCACGCUGGCAUCCGGAUAAGCACCCGGACGAGAAGAAGGUGAUGGCCACUCGAGUCUUCCAGUGGAUCCAGCAUGUCAAGGAUGAAGCCUGGGAGAACAGAGCAUGGUCGGCUUAG